GUCUGUGUGUCUGUGUGUGUGUCUGUGUGCGUGUAGGUGUGUACGUGUGUAGUUGUGGAGGCCAGUGUGAGAGUGUGUGUCGUCCGGUGUACACGCGAGGACCAGCAGGCUCUGACGCACACACACACGCACACGCGGCAUGCUUUGGCGUUCACAAGUAUAGUCACCAUGGACGCGAUACACACACUACUGCUGCUGCUGGGGUGGCUGGCGGCGCCGUGGCAACCCUCGGUGAAUGCGCAGGCCUGGCGGUCCUCCCCCACCGAGGCGCCGCAGGGAGGGGAGCGCCUGGACUCUCAACACUCCGUCAUCCCCCUCGUCAAAUUCUCUUGUCGAGGGAGGAGCGAAGGUUACUACGGGGACAUGGACUUCGGCUGCACCGUCUUCCACUACUGCACCGGGGAGUCCCAGCGCUUCUCCUUCAAGUGUGACGAGGGCAUGAAGUUCAAUGAGAUGACCAUCUCCUGCAGCGCCGGCUACUUUGGGGACUGCAGCCACCCGGACCUCGUGGGUUCCGCCGGCCGCAACAAGUCCAACGCUCCGAUCACCGCCCACAGCUUCAUCAAACUUCCUGGCUUCAUCAAAAAGGCCGAGGAGGAAGGCCUAGGCAAGUCAGACCAUCCACUGCCCUUCACUCAACACAAGAAUCCUGUACGCGACAUAAACAACAAUUACUUCGACUCUAAUGACCAGGAACCUGAUGCCUCAAAUAGAGUCGCAAAGGAAAAAGGUAACAGCAUCAAACGCUCGUCGUCCUCAAGAACGUUUGAAAGCCCAAUGAUGUCGGCUCUGUCAGCCUUCGCCUCGCUCGCCAACAUUCCGCUGGACAGCGCCAUGCUCGCCAAAAGCCAUCGCGAGGACCGUUCAAGGGACGUUGAUCAUCAGGACAGCUUCGGCGAGGUGGAUAGAGCCUUCCUAGCCAAUCCGUCUCCACGCCGCCAGCCGCAGCACAAGCAGGGCAGCGGCAGCUUCUUCCAACUGCCUUUCUUCCAGACCGAGACUAAGAAGGGCAGGGCCGUCCCCCACCACCCCCCGCCGCGUGCCCAGAGCAUCGUCAAGACCCACCACCCGCGACCACACCCAAGACCCGAUGCCCAGGAUCCCUACGUGGAGCCGCCGCCGCGUUACCAGCGGCCUCCUCAACGCUACCCGCCUGGCGAAGACUACGACGACCCUCAUGAUGACCGCUAUGACUCCGUGCAGAGCAAGACUACGACAAACUCCUUCCGGCCGUCGUCACUGCUGCACGGCGGCAACAACGAUGACUUCCGGCCUGUGACGGAGGCCAGCCGCGCCCCGCCCGCCCUUGAAGACGAUGAGCUGGCCCGCCCCCACAGGGAGGCUCAGGGCGGCGGCGCCGUCUCAUCCACCUUCCAAAACUUUUCGCCUGGGUUUUCCCAGCAAGGCUCCGCCCCCAGGUUCCCCGCCCAUAACACAUUCAACAACCCUGCCCAGAACACUUUCAAUAACCCCGCCCAGAACACCUUUAACAACCCCGUCCAGAACACCUUUAACAAUCCCGCCCAGAACACCUUCAACAACCCCCCCCAGAACACCUUCAACAGUCCCGGCCAGGAAGCCCCGACAGGGUUCCUCUCUGAACCACGCUUCCCCUCCACGGGCGGCGGCAGCUUCCUGUUCCACCGGCCGCCCGUUCCCUCGCUCGUCACCAAUGCUCCUUUCCACCACGUGCUGCCGUCUGGGACAGGCUUCCGCCCCACCCCCGCCCCGCAACUACAGCCACAGGGCGCCUUUGGCUUUCGGCCGCAGCCCCAGCCCAGCCACACCGGUGUUCGCCAGCCCAUCCCGACCUUCAGUGGUCAGCCUCAGUCACAGGCGGCCCCAGGUUUUGGUCAGCCAUCCCCUCAAACAUUUGGUCGACCUCCAGCGCCUCGGCCGGUGCAAACCUUUAGCUUCCCUCAGCCUAGGCCGCCUCAGUCCCCGCCCUCCAUCUUCGGGCAGGGAUUCACUACCCAGCCCUCCAUCUUCCCGCAGCGCCUCACUCCCAAGCCAGUCUCGCCACAGUCCCCACAAAGCUUUGGCCGUCCAUCCAAUCCCCCGGAGCCGCUCAACGUGUUCAACCUUGCCGCUAUUCCAUUACACACCACAAGUGACUUUGGCGCACCGCCGCCGCCACCACCAGGCUUCUCUCAGUCGAGUGAUCCAGUGCGCAACACCUUUAAAAUUUCCUCUCCAUCAUCGAUUGUAGCGACUACUCCAACUCCUUUGGAUGACUCUGGCUUCGGGAAUACAGAACUGCAGCAGGAGAGUCCUCUGGGCCAGGAUGACACACAAAAGGAACAACCUGAAUCAAAUCCUACUCCUGCUCGAAGGCCGACAAGACCCUCUGCUUCCCGCCGUCGCCCCCUCACCGGCAGCAGUGACACCUCACGGACGCCUCAAAGCUCUUCUCGUCUUCCUGACUCCAGCACCGAUAACAUUCCUUCGCCCCCAGAUAACGCUGAUGCAUCGGAGGCCUUUGGCCGCCCAUUGCAGGGCAGACGAAGAGGCAGGCCACGGGGGAGGCCUGAGGAAGGCGAGAGGCAGAACACCAGACGCAGGCCGGUCAGCCCCAGCACCGAAGAGCCUGAGCGUCUAAGGCCGUCCAGAACGCGACAGCCCAGUCAGCCCCUCGGCCCAACACUCUCACGCACCACCCAGGAGGAGCUUCCAACCCAGCCUGGCAGAAGACUACCGCAGGCGCCAAGGCUUCACCCGCACCCUGUCUCCACGGUGACCGAGGACCCCUUCGUCCUCACCACGCCCUUUACCCCCCACACGCCGGAUCCAUUUUCUCGCUUCCCUGACACCUUUAACCUCCAGUCUGAGGAACACUUCCAACACUCGCCUGACGUGUUCAACUUGCCCACAGGUGUCGGCGGCGCCCCUGACAGCCCCCAGUACCUCGGCAAUGACCUCCACCCUGACCUUGGGUUCGGCAGUGGCCCGGGAGAUGUGGAAGGGGAGGGCCUCGGCGCCGUGGAGGAGGUGGAGGAGGACACUAAUGUCAUUCAACCUGCUGAGGCCGACCUCUCCCUCGUGCCUGACGAGGCUUCGGCUGCCCCAUCCUCGCCGCUGCCAGACACCACCACCGCCAGCACACCGCUCCGCCGUCGCCCCAGCAUGAGGACACGCUUGCGGUCACGCCCUUCCCUACGCACCACCACGCCGCCUCCUGACAUCCUCCACCCCGAGGAUACCACCCAGUCUGACUACGACUAUUCCGAGGACUCCGUGACGACCACCGAGAUACCGGCCAUAGAGGACACGCUAGGGACCACCACGACACUCUCGCCCUUCAGACAGAGACUCCAGGACCGUCUGGAUCGCCUCAAAAACAGGCGGAGACAAAACUACGCCUCCCACACCACCACCAGGACCUUGACCUCCUCACGCCGCACCACCACGCAGCAGCCCACCACUAACCAACGAGGCGCCGACCGCUUCGCUGCCUCUCAGCGCGACUCUGACGAUGAGGCAGACGCUGACCAGCCUGUGACUACAGUGUCUCCGCGACGCCGCCUGCUGAGGCCGAGUGGCCUUGACAGAAACAAAUUUCAGAGCUUCAGGAACAAGCUGAGGAGCCGUAUCAGGAGCAGAGUGACGACCUCAGAGACUUCGGAGACGGAGGAGGACACGACCGUCGUUCCGGAGACCACGGAGGAGGAAGAGGCUCCAAGCGGAGGACGAGCCAGAAGACUUAACAGGUUUAAACCCAGGCCAACGGAGAGCCACAGAGAAGGUGUUCUUGUAGUGAAGGAGAUUCUUCGAUCACCAGACCAGGAGACUCAAGAGACCACUCGGCUUGAGGUGUCAGAAAAGACGACGCUGGAGCACAACCGGGAUCAUCCUGACGGAGGGGACGCAUCGGCCACCACCGAAGUAUUUGGAGGGAGGAAAGGCGACAAGAGAAAUCCCAUCGACCUGCAGGAGGAUGGUGAGGAGGGUCACACGGAGCCACCGGAGCCUGAGGCAUCCGCUGGCCCCGGCUUCCAGGGCAGGAGGAUCGUCGAUCCCAAUUUCAGAGCACGCUUCAGGCAGUUUUUAAAGAACAGGAAAAAUAAACUCAGUGCGAGAUACAGAGCGUCAGGAGGCACUGACGAGGAGUCAGAGGGACAGGAGGACGUCGCUGACGCCGAGGAGGGUCAGCGUCUUGGUGUUUUGAGGCGGCCAUACUCCCGUCCUGGUGCAGAGGGAGAGUCACACUCUCAGGACAACAUAGGGCCAGCGCAGGGGCCACAGCAGCAGCAGCAACAACAGGAAGAAGAAGAACUGAGCGCGGUGCUAAAGGAGAGGGCGGAGAAGUUUGAACAGAGGCGGAAGGAGCUGCGAGACAAGUUGUUGGCCCGUGGGGAUGACGGCAGACUAAGCCGCAGGAUCCCCGCUCUGCCCUUCAGGGACAACGUUCCUGAGGGAGUCUCGACGAAGGAUGAGGAACAGCUUCUACCUGGUGGUGAGAAGAGUGCUCCUACCUCCGAGGCACCACAGGCCCCAGAUGAGGAGAUGAAAACCACUGAGAGUCCCGUGCAGAAAGUGAUCUCAAUCGACGGGUUCAGACCGAUCAUCGAGACGCCUCCCGCACCACCCACACCCACACACCCCAAGCCACAGCAGGAGCCUGAGGUCAUUACAGCGCCGCCCGCCAAUGAGGAUGACGACGUGAUGAUGCUAUUCAAGGUGUCUGCUGGCUUUGGCGGAAGGAAGCAGCAGCAGCAACAGAAGGACGUGACUCGACCUUCUCUCAGUGACCUCCCGCCUCCCUCCACCAUGAUAGUCCGCGAGAUCGGCGCAAAACCCUCCACAAGCCCGGCGCCGCCGCCAGUCACACCCGGGGCCACCACGCCCGUUGUUCCCUUAGAGUCAGACGAUGCCAUUGAAGAUGAUCCUGAGGAUCCCCACGAAGUCAUGGAGUCCCAGCACGCUCCGGUGUUACUCUCCGUGCAGACGGUGCCAGAGCGAGCCUCCCUUGAUGACCACGAGGGCCUGGUCCUCACCCCCGCCACCACGAGGACCACCGAGCCGCCACCGCCGCCGCCGCCCUCACCCUCCUCACCCGCCGAGGCUGAGGCAACGUCCUCGCCAGUGCCGCCACGUGCCGGCCGUCCCUCGAGACCUUCCUUCAACCUGGCCGCCGCUUCAGACCGGCGUGGUGGCCCUGACAACGAGGGAGAGGCGGCCACUGGUGGGGCGGCGGUCGCGCCGGCGACGCCGCCGCCGCACCUCACCAUCACCAUGGCAACGGACUCCCCGUUCCUGCCCCUGGAAAUGUUGCUGCCGCUGAGCAGCUCACGGUGAGGCCGCGGCUGCGUCCCCACCAACCCUCCCCCUCCUCCGAGGCACCGCCAUGUGCUGCUCACGGCGCCACAGGAAAAAAAAGAAAAAAAAGAAA